AAAUUCCCUUUGUUCAACUCCUACUCUCUCCUUCUUUUCUCUACCACUACCACAUCAUCAACGCCUACAAGAGCCCUCAAGGCUGGUAUGAUUGACAACCCAAAGCACAUUCCUCUUGGCGAGCUCAACUCGUAUAACGUUCAGCAACUGCAGUUUGCCCUCGCGGACCCAAAAUCUGCCUCUAUCGAAUACCUGUCUCCAGCCGCUUCGCCUGCUAUAAUUGCGGUAGACGUCGAUUACAACGACAGGCGAAUGUCUAGCUCCAAUACAUCAACAACAGACACAGAUAGCAGUGUUCUUUCACGCCCCGACAAACGGCCGUUGACGCCCUCUGACGAUCAAGAAUCAAAGCGCCUUCGUAGUGACCAGCAGUGGGAGGAUACAUCAAAAGACUCGUCCACAAGCUCUUCGUCAGAGCCACCAGUCGACCAGUCAAAAGUUCAAUUGCCUUCCAUUUUCUCGACGUUUGAGGAUGAUAGUCAUCGUCCAGGACCACCAGAGUAUCGUCGCGCGUCUUUGCCUACUCUUCAUUCAGAAAGUCGUGUUCGCCAUUCACCAUAUCCCCCUCCUAGCCUGCGCCAAUCUUACGCACCAACCACACAGUCUUCUCUUUCGACCUACACGUUUCCCCCAACGAAUGAAGAGGAAAACAAGCCAUCGUCGCGUCCAAGGCUUUCGACAGAUGUAUUCGGAGUUCAUCCGUAUGACUCGUCUUAUCCGAAUACGGGAACUACACCUUCGAGCUCGAACUUUUCAUCGUCGAAUUACAACUCUCCACUUUCGUCUUCGGAUUACCAACGUUCUACGGGAUUAUCGCCGUAUUCCGCAGAUUCCGAUAAUUGGACGACUUCCGCCUCUGGAAUCGUGAGACCGAACUCGACACCGGGGCAACUGUCCAGUCCGGCCGUUAAAUACGACGAGACUUUACGCCACGCGUCAUUUAGCGCCCCAACACAGGCACAAAUGUUCGCAGGCUCGGCUCGUAUCUCGGGUCAUCAUGAUCGCAGGUCCAUUUCAUCUGGCAUAAAAACGGAAUGGCCCUUCCCGAACCAGGACUACGUUUUACCGCCUACCGCUGCCCCCCACUAUCCGUCCUCCAUGGCGCCUAAUGCUAGCACAUCGCCCUCGCGUUCCCCACAGGCUCUUCCAACCUCUACGCUAUGUGAGCGACCGACACGGAAGCGUGGAAAGCUUCCGAAAGAGACCACUGAUUUCCUGAAGGCCUGGCUUCACCGCCACUCCGAUCACCCUUAUCCGAGCGAAGAAGAAAAGAAACAGCUCUGUCAUGCCACGGGACUGUCGAUGAGCCAGGUGUCGAACUGGAUGAUAAACGCUAGACGUCGUAUCUUGGCACCCGCGAGGCCUUCGACGAACCCCACAACCACUGCACCGUUCCCUCCGACGGCACGCAGUGCGUCGUUGUCUGGAUUACUGGACCCUAUGAGCCGUCGGGCAUCACUUCCGGCGGAUUCACUGCAUCUUUACCAUCCCCUAUCGCUUCAGUCGAUGCCUGGCCGACAUCCCGCGGACUACAUGGGCAGUUCUGGUCGACCGAUUCUUGGACUAUCACAAUCACCCUCCCAUCAACAUCAAAUGGGGCCAGGUGGUCUUGACUAUAAUGGUUCGCAAGGUCGUAAUAUCUAUCCGAACACGCUUCCGCCAUCUUAUAAUAUGGGGGGAUCCGGGGUGCCACUAUCUGCACCGCCGACGCUGUCCAACAGUCCCUUCACGUCGUCUGGGCCUGGAGGAGGAGGAGGAGCCGGUCCGAUGUAUUCGAACGGAAGUUACAGUCGGGGACAGGCAGGUCAAGACCAACAACAAUAUUUUAGUGACGCGCCUGGUCAUUCGAAUGGUUCGGCGCCAGGAUCAGGUUAUGCAACGCCUCAGUAAUAUAUUUUGUGGUGUGUGAGGCAUUGCCGGAAAAAAAAAAGGAAUGAUUAUAUCCAUCAGUGUGUAUAUCCCGAAUUAUUUAAUUUCCCUGACGAACUUUUUUUAAACCAUGGAUUGUCGCUUGGUCUGGUUGUUUUGUUUUUUUUUGGCUGAUAUACCUGUAUGGGGUAGCCGAUCUCUCCCAUUCGCAUCAUGUUUGACGGCGGGCAUGUUCCUUUUUCGUUGGCCCUGUCUCUCCCAUCCUUGGUUUAAUGGACUGCCGCGGGAUGGGUUCACCCAUUACCUCACUUUUCCUCCACAACGGACAAUCGCUCUCUAGAUUGUUUUCGGUUUUUGUUCAUGUCUUCUGGAUACCACGCAAAACGAGUUGGCUUACAUUACAUUAUAUAUUGUAAUAUGUACUUGCUGAAUAUGAAAUUGUUCUUGGAGUCGG